AUGGCUAAAGACCUUCCUUACCUCUAUCUUUGUGUGUUGGUGCUGGGUGUCUUCGGGAUCUACCGUCUACUCCAGGUAGGAAAGCGAGACCCAAGAAUGCCAAAAGGCCCCCCUACACUGCCAAUAUUAGGCAAUUUCCAUCAGAUUCCAUCCACUGGAAUGUACAGGCAAUUUCGUGAAUGGGCAAAGGAAUAUGGCUCUGUCUUCUCACUAAAGUUCGGACCUUCGAACAUCAUUGUCCUAUGCGAUCGAGAGGUAAUUCACGAGCUUCUCGACAAGAAAGGGAGCAUUUACUCAGACCGACCUACAACAUACGUCGGGAACUUAUUAACGCAGGGAGAUCAUAUUGCAAUCUCGCCAGCGGACGCUCUGUGGAGAGAAAAGCGUAAAGUGAUUGCACAUAACUUCUCUCCAAAGAUGCUUGACGAGAAGCAUUUUAGAGUUCAAGAGGCCGAAGGCAUCGUUUUGAUGAAUGACCUCUUAACGAAUCCAGAAGGCUUUUUCAACCACAUUCGUCGAUACACCGCCUCGGUAGCUGCUACCUUGGUCUUCGGCCAGCGAGGCUCAACAUUUAACUCCUUCUGGGCACAUGUCAGUAAUUCUCAAGGCUUUUAUGAUAGUUGGACGGAAUGUAUGGAACCAGGUGCCAAUCCCCCAGUAGACGAGUACACCUUCUUACAGUACACUCCUGCAAGCUUGGCCCAUUGGAAGAAGCGGGCAUUACAAGCAGGAGAUACCAUGGACGCUGUGUGGGAUCGAGCACGCAAAAUCGUGGAUACACGAAGGGCCAAAGGUGAUAAGCGUGACUGUAUUGCCGACCGCCUUUUAGACGAGUAUAAUGAGAAAGGCUUCCCAAUGAGUCAACACGCCUUCAACAAUCUCAUUGGGGAGCUGGUCGAGGGAGGUGCGGAUACCACAGCGGCUCAGUUACUAACAAUGGUUCUGGCCCUUGCGCGAAAUCCCGAGGUACAGAAGAAGGCGCGGGCUGAGAUUGACCCUUUAUGUGGAGCUUCUCGAUCACCCCAGAUGAGCAAGGACUUCGCGAGCCUUCCGUACAUUAACGCCGUUAUCAAAGAAGGUAUGAGGUGGCGUCCAGUCCCGGACAUUUAUCCAGACGAUGAAGCCUUUAAUCCGGAUAGAUUCUUAAACUACCCUAAGCUAUCUAGCGAGUAUGCUGGUAGCGCUAAUUGGAAAGAUCGAGAUAAGUUCCUCUACCCAGAGAUUUAA